GUGCAGAACGGCACGCGAAGAUACAAAAGUCGCCACGGACGGAGGAAACGCGCGGCCCCGGGCUGAAAAGUAUAUGUGAGAUCCAGUGCGAGUGCCUUGCGAUUUGCCAGUGAAAAUACAUUCCUGAAGAUUUCCGCGAUUCCACUGUUUGCGGAACACCGAUUUCGGGUUCAAGUGUUAACCAAGUGACUCCAGAAAGGCCAUUUUAUCUGCUCCUACAGAGAGCACAGCCAUGGAUUUUAGAAAGCAUUUGGGUUUAUGGACGCUCGUCCUGGCCACCAUCCUGGCUCUGUACGGGCGCCCGGCUGACGCCUGCUCCUGCAUGCCCUCCCACCCACAAACGCACUUCUGCCAGGCAGACUACGUUGUGCAACUGCGAGUUCUGCGCAAAUCAAACACCAUCGAACCGGGCAAGACCACAUACAAAGUACACAUCAAGAGGACCUACAAGGCGACUCCUGAGGCCCGGCGAAUGCUGCGAGAUGGCCGACUGGCCACGCCCCGGGAUGACGGCAUGUGCGGCAUAAGCCUGGACAUCGGCAGGGUGUAUAUAGUGGCGGGACGCAUGCCGGCCCUGAACGUGUGCCACUACUACAAGGAGUACACCAAGAUGACCAUCACGGAGCGCCACGGCUUCAGCGGUGGCUACGCCAAGAGCUGUAGUUGCGAGGCCAAGCCCUGCUUCAAAAACAACUGCCUGAACCGCCGCCACUACGCGGACUCGUGCCAAUGGUCGCCCUUCGGAAGGUGCGAGACGAACUACAGUGCCUGCAUGCCCCACGUGGUGCAGACCGCGAACGGUAGCAUCUCCCGCUGCCGCUGGCGGCGCACGCAGCUCUACAGAAAGUGCAUGAGCGAGCCGUAAACGGAGGGUCGUGUCGGGGAUACUCCCCCGAAUCCCUCCCUCCCUUGUUAUAUGCUAUCGUUUCUCUAUCUGUAUCUAGAGCUUUAAUACGUACGUUAUGCUAAUGUGUUAUUUAUUAAUUGAUGCUUUUUGACGAAAAUGUAACCGGCUCGAGCAGCUACUUAAUUAGUGCCUAGACCUUAAUUCUUAACGUGGAGCUUACCAGAUCCCGUGGAUUGGGGAAGAAGGUCUGCUCGAUCAGUGGAAAGCCGUCGCGUCCCAGGCGGCGUUGCAGCUGCAACAGGUGCGAGAAUACCCAGGGUUUGUCCUUAACAAGAGAAGAGAAGAAAUAUAUAUAUGAGAAACAUCUGCAAGUUGGGAUGGAUCGGAGCCUUACCUGGAACUGGUAGAUUGAGUGCAGCGAGUUGAUGCUGGGCACUCCGCCGUACUUCAGGCCCAGGAUUGUGGAGCGGAAGUCGCUGGAUCCAUCGCGCGGAGGCUGGCGAAUCAACACAAAGUCCGGCCGGAAGGAGCGCGCCACCUGUAUUGUGCGUUGAGAAGAAGAAAUGUUAAGGACGAAAGGGUUCUCUAGAUUUAAGAAUGCUUAACUCUCGCAAAGCAUUUUCAUGUAGUUUUUUAGUGCGAAAAUAUACGAUUUCUAAAAAGAGUA